GGUUCUGGUGACGGAGCGCCUGGUGUCGGCGGCGGAGGAGAUCCUGGUUCUGGUGGAGAAGGUUCUGUUGGAGCAGCAGGAGCAGCUGCGGAGCAGGGGGCUCGGUUCGGGAGCGCCAAGAGACCCGGAAACAGGUCCAGAUGGUCGGCGCCUCGAUGACAUCAACUUCCUGCAGGCGGAGCUUCGCAUCAUUAAGCAGGAGGAAGAGGAGGAGGAAGCUCCGCCUGCUGCGGACACCAAAGAGCUGAAGAUGGAGCAGCCUGAGGCGGAGCUGAACGAGGACUACAUCCAGCCGAGCACUUCCUGUGAGGUGACAGAGGCUCCGCCCCCUCAGCCAGGUGAAGACGAUGAUGGCGGCGGCUCCGUUUGCUGUAAAGUCUGUGGGUUGACGUUCAGUUACCGCGGCUCCCUCAGGAACCACGCCGAGGUCCACGCCGACGACGAGCGCUGCGUGUGCGGCGUCUGCGGCGAGCCGCGCCCCGACAAGCAGGACCUGCUGGACCACCUGCAGGUCCACCUGAAGGGACACGUCUGCAAGUUCUGUGGCAAAACCUUCCGACGCCGCGUGGAGCUGGAGGCGCACGCGCGUACGCACACGGGGGAGAAACCCUUCGGCUGCGAGGUCUGCGGGAAGCGCUUCAGCCGUAAGAGCAACAUGGAGAUCCACAUGAGGACGCACACGGGCGAGAAGCCGCACCGCUGCGACGUCUGCGGGAAACGCUUCAACAUCACCUCCUCCAUGACCCGCCACCUGAGGACGCACUCGGGAGAGAAACCCUACAGCUGUCGCGUCUGCUUCAAGGCCUUCACCGCCAGCUCCGACAUGAAGGUCCACAUGAGGACGCACACCGGGGAGAGGCCGUACUCCUGCGCCGUGUGCGGGAAAGCCUUCAUGCUCAGCACGCCGCUCAAAUACCACAUGAAGCACCACACGGAGGAGCGGCCGUACUGCUGCAGCCGCUGCAACAGGAACUUCAGCGACGUGUACACGCUGCGGCGCCACAUGAAGACCCAGGACUGCAAGAAGAAGGCCCUCAUCAAGGUCUCUGAGCUGACCCAGCUGCAGGACUGACAUCAGACCUGACGUUUCUGUGAUGAACCUGAGUCAGAAGGGUUGGUAGUUCGAUCCCCGAUGCUUCUAUAUCAGAAAAAAUAACUUUGUAGAAAACUUGCUGCUUUUGUUUAAUUACGUUUUUUUAUUUUCAAACUGUUUCACAAUAAAGACAAAGAAACACGCAGACGUCUCCUGUAGUAGUUUUCAUUUUAUUAGUGAAAUGUUAGGUUUGGAUUUACAGACAGGUGUGAACUGUCGGUCAGCUCAACAUGGAGACAAA